AUGGCAGAAGCUGUAGGUUUAACCGCCAGUAUCAUCGGCAUCGUGACGCUAGCAUAUCAAAGUUCGAAAACUUUGUACGAAUUGAUAGAUGGUGUUUUGAAUGCGCCAAAAUAUCUCAAAGACCUCAAUGAAGAUGUUACUGCAAAUAGUCAUAUACUUGCGUCUCUAAAAAGCGCCAUCGAGGGAACAUCAGAUGACGAAUUAUCGGACGGUGUCAAGAACAGUCUCAAAGAUGCUCAGCCAGCGAUCAAAGGAUGUGAGAAAGUAUGCAACGAGCUCUUUCAGAAAAUUUCUCAAAUCACUAGUCAUUCUAGCUCGACACAUACCCGCCUUGAUGAUAGACUCAGGUUGAAGUUCCAAGAUAAGGCUAUCCUGGCAUUCAAAUAUCGGAUUGAGAGCUACAAGUCGACGUUGAGUAUUGUUUUAGGCAUGGUGACUCUCAAGUACUCGGAUUAUAACUCAGAAUCCGUUCAUCAACUACAAACCACCAUAACUGAGACUAUGAGCAACAUCUCUGAAAAGAUCCAAGGACUUGAAAUCACUACACAAGCACUUUCCGAGGUAACACUCCCAAAGAGAGAGCUGAUUGAAGUUCUGGAUGACCAAAACAAGGCACUAGCUCAGUGUCUUCAAGUGUGUACAGGUGCACUGGAGGAGAGUACGCGCAGAACUGGCAGUCUGACCGCGAGAUACAUCAGUGCCCUUGAUGAUGCAAGACAGCUUAUUGUGGCUACUAUUGGGGAUGUAGGCUCUGGAUUUGGCAUGAUAGAUGCAGAUAUGAUUAUUGCACAAGGUCGGGCUGAUCAGAUGGUGGCUCAGAGUAUCACGCAGGAUGUUGCUUUGGGCUUUUUUGCUCCUAGGAAUAAUUAA